ACAAUUUACAAAAGACUUGCAGUCAGUUCAGUCACUGUGGAUGACUUGGGCUCUGUAGAAAUCGCACGGUUCUCUGUCUGGACUAAAAGUAGUAUUGAUAAUGAAACCGAAUAACGUUUUUUCUUUAGAAAGAGAUGACCAAAACUCUUAUCCUUCUAAGAACUUGUCUACGUGGCCCAUCCCUCUGCCACUGGAGAUGCCGAAGAGAAAAACAGACAGGCAGAAGGUCUACGCGGGUCUGAUUGUAAUCUUUCUUUUUGUUGAGUUGGCAGGGCUCAUAGUAGGCAUGAACUAUCUAUUUAGACUCCAACAGCAGCUGAAUCAAGUAACCCAGGACCCUUCAGAUUCACCAAAAGUCCCACAGAAGCUUAUUGCAACCAAGGACAAGACAAAGAAUGACAGAAAAAUGGCCGCACAUCUUACAGCUAAAGUUUCAGAUGCGAAUUCCACCAUGCUGUUCUGGGAAGAUAGAUUGGGCUAUGCCUUUACUGAUGGAGUGGCUUACGAGAAUGGAGCGUUGGUCAUCAGUGAAACCGGAUACUACUUUAUUUACUCAAGGGUCUAUUUCCGAGGAUUGGAAUGUGAGCAACUCCCAUUGCAUCAGACUGUUUUCAAACAAAGUGAAGGGUAUCCCGAAGCUAUGAUUCUGAUGGAAACUAGGGUAACUAACAUGUACUGCGUUGGUAGUAGAAUGUGGGGCAAGAAUACCUAUCAGGCUGGAAUAUUUUACCUGAGUGAAGGUGAGCGUUUGUAUGUCACUGUGCCAAAUCCAAGAAUGGUUGCUAUGAAGCAAAGUACAACUUGCUUUGGAAUAUAUAAGCUUUAGUUAGCACCAGUGCUGCUGGGAAAUGUUGGGUAAGGCCACAGUAUAUACUGCCUUCAAGUGGGAAUAAAUCUGCUUUGCUUCUAGCAGAAUAGUUUGAAGCCUAAAUCUCCAUUUAUACAUUCUGCUUCACACGUGCACAGAAUUGAGAAAUAGUGUUUUGAAUGUUAUGUCACAUAAUGAACACUUAAAUAACAUUAAAACAUAUAUCAAAAGGGAGUGAGUCCACUGUUGUUUUUACACUUGCCACUUCCCAGCAGUAUUAGGAGCAGGGUUCCAGCACGAUUUGCAUCACAUCUGCCUUGAUUUAUACUGAACAUUAGACGGCAAACCAUAGCUAUAAUCAAGGUGAUUUUCUAACACAAGUGCAGUAAGCUCAAAUUUAAGCAACCGUACUGCGCAGUAAUUACAGUGAAAGCAGGCUGUUAAUGCAAGGUUUUCACAGUGUGCUUAAAAAUGUCUUUCUUGCACCAGUUCAUGUAAUUUAAAAUGAGUUGUAAGUUUAUAAGUGACGAGAGGAUUCCAGAGGAGGCGAGAAAAAACUAUGGGGUCAUAAAAUUACGUAUUCCCAAACACAUUCCAUGACUAUUAAGUGAUAAUUAAGGAACAGAACGUGGUUACCCCUGUCAAAUUCAACUUCCAAAGUUACUUUCAAGAAAAUUAUUCAUUAAUAAAAUGUUCUCUCUUCCCCCAUUCUUCAUGGAAGGCAGUCACUUGUACUCCAGAUGAUAUCAUUCUAUGAAAGCUAUGGUUCGAUCAGAACAGUAGUCCUCUGAUAUCUCAACUCCAGUGAUUUUCUUUGAAUGAUGUGAUGAAAUCGCUCCAGAUACCCAGGAAAAACUGUUCAUUGUAAUCCUCCUUGCAGUGCUAUGCAAUGAACAGGACUGAUUUUCAGUGCAAUUUCCUGAAAUUGCAAUAACAAUGCAAUUUACAUUUGUAUAGUGCCUUCCACAUCAGGAGGAUGUAUCAAUGCCUUUAAAUAAUACAUUCAUUAAUACAGGUCGGCUCCACGGAACAAACUGCUCAGAGUACCAAUGUUCAAGCAUUGAAGACACUCUGUUUAUCUCUUGCCAAACUCAACUUAUUUGUGGUUAAGUCUUCUGAAGUUGUAGUUUUGUUUUCCUGCUUCACUUUGAUGCAGUUUCCAUCAGCUACAAGCAAGGUGCAUUUUCAUUAGCAUUUUUGAAUCCUAUGCUGUAGUAGGAAUGGCACAUUGUUACAUUAAAAUAAAGCUUUUACAUGGAACAUA